AUGCUACGCAGAAAGCCCACCCGCCUGGAGUUUAAGUUGGAUGACACUGAGGAGUUUGAGUGUGUCAAGAAAGAGCUUGAAGUGAGUAGCCACAGCAUCAUGGAUAAUCUUUAGUAUCUGCUGGUAUGAAGGCAUAAUAAAGAGGCAAUGCUUGUUGAUGGAUUGCCUGCUACCAGUUUUUUUUAAAGUCCUCAUUAACUUUAAGAAACGCUUGAUGAUUGACAUAAAAUCCGCGCCUUGGGUGUGAGAAAAGCGCAUUUAGUAUAGUAAUUACAUGAAGUAUACAUACCAGAACUUCUAUGUCUAACCACCUACGUUUUUUUCUCCCUACCUCUCAGAGUCGGAAAAAACAGAGAGAUGAAGUGGAUGUUGUUGGUGUGGCAACGUCUAGUGACAUGGUGGGGGCCAGUGGUGGAACAGGGGAUCGGAAGACACGGGAACAGAUGAUCAACGAGAGAAUAGGCUACAAGCCCCAUCCUAAACCCAGCACCUUGCCAUCACUCUUUGGAAACCUGCAGUUUUAG